UCCGUUUGACACUCGGAGGAAAACUUGACUCAGAAACACCAUGACGAGAGUCUGGAUGAGGAUGAUGAUGAAGAUGGUGCUUUUCAGUAGCAUGUUCAUGUCUGCUCUGACUUUUGACAUGCAGCUUGUAAAAGUGCACCCUAAACAAGCCAUCUCCGGGGUAUCAGAAGCUUCCAUUGGGAAUCAGUAUGCUUUAAACGCAUCUUCAGCCAGAGAUCUUUGUGAGCAACUCGGAUUGACGAUUGCAAACAAAGCACAGCUAGCAGAGGCUCAGAAACACGGCCUGGAGACGUGCAGGUUCGGGUGGAUCGAUGAGCAGAUCGCUGUUGUUCCUCGAGUCCAUGCUAACCCCAACUGCGGCAUUGGCAGGACUGGGGUUGUGGUGUGGCGUGCAAUUCCCAGCAAACGAUUUGAUGUCUUUUGCUUUAAUGUAACAGAUUUCGAGACACAGGCUUCCAUAAAGGCGCACCGAAUGACAACCAGAAAGCCAAUGACGACACGUUCAUCUGUAGCUCCUACUGCUGGAAUUCAUCUAAGGGGAAGCCCAUUUCCUACAAUCCCUUCCCAUUGGUCCAGUGUUCCUCCUUCAGCUUCUGCAGGUCCCUCUGUGGUCCACAGGGCUGAUGAUGCCAAACAUCUGGCCCUGAGCAGUGGCUCAACUGAAGCUGUUCCGGCCGCUUUACUGAUCACCGUCACCUUUGCAGUCAUGAUUGCUGUGUUUCUGGCGCUUUAUUAUGUCAGAAUGAAAAGACCCUGCAAGGCCCGGUGUGAUGUAGAGCAGCAGAAGGAGUACAUCGAGACUGAGGUUUGGGAACACCGUACUAAAGAAGACCUGCAGAAAACACAGGAGGAACAGAUGGAGGAAAUCCAGAGGGAGCAGAUGGAGGAGAAGAACCAGGAGGAGCUAGAGGAGAAACAUCAGGAGGAGCAGAUCGAGGAGAAGAACCAGGAGGAGCUAGAGGAGAAACAUCAGGAGGAGCAAAUCGAGGAGAGAAACCAGGAGGAGCAGAUUGAGGAGAGAAACCAGGAGGAGCAGGUGGAGGAAAAUGAUAGUUGCUCUGCAGAACAACACUGAUAUCCCUGCCUGCGAGUGUGUGUGUGUGUGCGUGCGUGCGUGCGUGCAUGCGUGCGUGCGUGUGUGUGUCCUUAUCAGGCAUCAAUCAUCAAGUGUUUCUCUCACAGUGGUGUAGUUUUGUAAUGUACAGUAAUGACACAACAUGUUUAUUUAUAUAUGGAAGCUUGAUUAACUGCUUUUUUGACAAGUAUUUUUCUUUUACUUAAUAAAUAUUUACUUAGCUUUG